GCCUCCUUCGUUUCAACCUCCAAGCCUGCAUCUAUUGCUGCUCGUUGAGUGCCUCAAAGCGGAGACACGAGAGGAUCAUGCCGAAGAAUUCUGACCUGAUGAAGUACAACUCGCUUCUAGGAGUCAAGGGCUUCAACAUUCGCAACACCUUCAUUGAGUUUGAGGAUGAAGACAUGCUCGGUGAGUUGGACGUCGACCCCAGGGGCACCUUUGGGCGCCAGGCCUCCGAGCCCGCGAAGCCCAGCAGUUGGAAUCGCCAAGUCUCGGAGCAGACGACAGCGGUCACUGCCGAAGGGACUGAGGAGGGCACCAUCGAUGUGGAAGACUCCCUGCACUUCCCCGCGACCGACUUUCAAGGAAACGGGUACAAGUAG